AUGUCUAAAUUAUCGAGUCAAUGUCAAGAUGAAUUAUGUUUAAAAGAAGGCGAUCCGAAGUCAACACGUUUAUAUCUAUGUUCACAUCAUUGUUACAAAAUGUUAUGCCUUAAACAUUUAACUGAACAUGAUCAAUGUAUUAAAAACCGAACUCAAUAUCAAAACAAAUUAAAAGAUUUAUGGGACAUAUAUACUACAAAAUUUGAUGAAGAUAAAAUUGAAAAACAAAUUCAAAAUUUAAAAAUUGAACUUGAAAAUUAUCAGAAUUUAAAGAAAUGUAUUGAGAAUUUAUUAUCGAUUAAUCAUUUUCAUGGUUCAAUGGAAAAUAAUCAAAAAUUUGAAAUAGCUAUUGCAAAACUACAGAAAGUUAUUGAACAAAAAAAUCAAUCAGAAUCAACUUAUGAUAAUAUUGAUCCAAAAUCUAAAUCAAUAACAAAUGAUGAAGAAGAAAAACAACCGGUUAUCGAUUAUGGUAAAAUAUCAUGA